UAUUGGUCAAUAAUACAUGUUUCUAAAGCAUCACUGUGCAUUAAAGGAAAUGCUUUUUGAGCUAAUCUGCGUAGUGCAUAACCAUAGUCCGAAACGGAUUCACCCUUGCUUCUUUUCCGAUUACGGAAUUCACAGCGAAAGGCAACUUCACGUUCAUGUGGACUAAAUCUUUGCGUUAGCACACGCUUAAUUUCCGAAUAACUUGCAAGUUGAGAAGGGUGUAAUGUAGACAGUAAUCGCUGUGCUUCCCCCCGCAAAUUAAUUGUUAACAUGCAUGCUUUUUGUUGAUCAUCCCAACUAUUCCAGUUGGCUACUUGCUCAAAAUGAAUAAUAUAAUCGGACCAUUCACUAGUAGUACCAUCGAAAUGAUCGGGACUUAUAUUCAUAACCGAAGAUGGCCGAGUAUUUGUAAUACCCGAGUACAUAGUGUUCAUCGGAGCACUAUAAGUUCUAGGCAUAAAUGCGUUUCCUCGAGAUAAAUAACUCGGAAAACCUACACUUUGCGAAUAAUGGUUCGAUAAAGUAUGUGGCACCGGUGUCUGGCAUGUAUUUAUCAUAACCGGUGAGGUAACGCUACUAAUGUUACGCUUUGUGAACAGUAUAAUCAGUUUUUAAAGGGGAAAGCAUUGGCUUUUUAUCAAAAUCAGUCCCUUUAACCCCCGGGAUAGACGUAUCUAAGUCAUCACGAGCACUUCCCGUAUAGAAGGGUAAGCUAUGACUAUCACCUUUACGUAAUAAUCCAUCAUUUGUAUCACACCGAGCAGUAGGAGAAUGUGAACUAAAUCUUACUUUCGGAGUACUAAACUCUUGUCUAAAAGUAGGGGAACAAAGAAAUAAAUCAGUCCCAUAAGAAGUAUUAUGGAAAGUUUCCCAAUACCUAGGUGAAGUUAUUAACAUGUUUCAGGAGUUAGAUUUGAAGUUAUUUUGUGUAAAAGGUAUUGGACAAGAUCAUGCCAAGUUCUCACCUGUUGCUACAGCCUCCUACAGACUAUUACCAGAUAUUACUUUGUUAAAGCCUAUAACAGGAGAAUUAGCCGUGAAGUUACAGAGAUGUUUCUCUCCAGGAGUUAUUGAACUUGAUAUGGUAGAUGGUGAACAGAAAGCUAGAGUAGCUCAUCCUCGUAAAGAUACAUGUAGUCGAGAAGUGUUCAGACAUGAUGACUUAAAAGAUUUGGUCAAAUUAACCAGGGUCCGAGACCAUUUUAUAUUCAGUGUAGAAUCAACAGGAAUCCUAGCACCAGAGGUGUUAGUGUCACAAGCUAUAAUCCUUCCACCUGUCCGACCUUCCGUCCAUCCGUCCGAAUUUCGUUUCCGCGCUAGUUCUCAGCAACUACUGGCUGGAAUUCAAGGAAACUUUAUGGGAAUCAUCAAUAUCAAGAGGAGAUGCGCAUAUCGUUGCCUUGUUCCAGUCAUACCUUUUAACUCAGAGUUAUGGCCCUUGAUUAGUUUUGCAUUAUGCAUAUAG